ACAAGGGAAGAGAAGGAGCUGCUGGACAGUGAUAAGCCUGAAAAAUGUAGGCUGGGUUAGAAGAGGGAGAAGGGAAAUCUGUAUGACCUGAAAAUACUCAGGGUAGAUUCUUAUUAAAUACUUUGGAACACACUCGAUGACAGCUCUCUCCUCUCUCUAGGCUCUGAAGGAAUAGGCCAUGAUCAACCAAAGCUCCCCGGGGGGCUUCCUCCUUCUGGGCUUUUCUGAACACCCAGGACUGGAAAAGAAUCUCUUCACGAUGGCCUUGACUUCAUACCUCCUGACCAUGGUGUGCAACACACUCAUCUUCCUGCCGUCCAUGCUGAACCCCAGGCUCCACUCUCCAAUGUACUUUUUCUUCUCCAAACUCCCCUUCUUGGAUAUCUGCUUCACCACAAGUUUUGUCCCCCAGAUACUGCUCAACCUCUGGGGCCCAAAGAAGACCAUUAGUUUCCUUGGCUGCUCUGUCCAGUUUUUCAUCUUCAUGCCCCUGGGGACCACUGAGUGCAUCCUGCAGACAGCGAUGGCCUUUGGUUGCUAUGUGGCUGUCUGCCAGCCCUUCCACUAUGCCACCAUCAUCCACCCCCACCUCUGUGGGCAGCUGGUGGCUGUCACCUGGGUCAUAGGUAUGGUCCAAACAGUAGUUCAGGCACCAGCCAUCCUCCACUUACCCUUCUGCCCCCAGGGGCAGAUAGAUCACUUUUCAUGUGAGGUCCCAUCUCUAAUUCAGCUCUCCUGUGUGGACAUCACCUACUAUGAGAUCCAGAUGGUUGUUGCCAGUGUUUUCAUCUUUAUUGUGCCCCUCACUUUCACCCUUGUCUCUUACAGUGCCAUCACCCAGGCAGUGGUGAGAGUUACCUUGGCAAAGGGGAGGAGGAAGGCUUUUGGGACAUGCUGCUCCCAUCUCAUGGUUGUCAUUAUCUUCUACAGCUCAGUCAUUGCUGUCUACUUCCAGCCCCAAAAUUCCUAUGCCCAAAAGAGGGGCAAGUUCUUUGGUCUCUUUUAUGCAGUGGGAACCCCUAUACUUCACCCUCUCUUAUAAACCCUGUGGAACAAGCAGUUCAAGAGGGCAUUCAUGAGGUUGCUGGGGAAGGAAGAGAAUCCAGGGAAAAGUAGAGAUAGCAGCUUAAUGUGCUAUCUAAAUUAAAAAGUUUCUUCAUGCUUUUGUGAACAAGUUUGAACUCAUCAGCACUCUGCCUUCUCCACAUACACCUAAGCCAUUACUGUGGAUCACAGUAUGACAACGUGGUAUGUAAGGGAGUCAAAGGGGUAGAGAGAGAGACAGAGACAGAGAGAGAAAGAGACAGCUUUAAGAGGAGGAAGGACCUCAAUAAGAUGCCUUUAUCUCAAACUUUAUCAUGCCUGUUGAUUUUUAAUAUUUCUUUUCUUCUCCAUCCUGUUUUUUCUGUCUUUAUAAUAGAUUCCCUAACCCUAGCCUGCCAAUUUCUGGCUAUACAGUUUCUCUUCAGUUGUAUCAGUGUAAUGAAAAAGCUCCACCACGGCACCCUGGAGACCUUGCAUGAAUCCACAUAGCCCACACAAGCAAAGCUUGAACCCCAGCCAAUCUGAGACUUGGCAGGAUGCCCGUGAACCUCCAGGAAUGAGGAGUUUCCACAUGGACAGUUCUAUCUUCUCUUUAUAUCCCCUGAGAAGCUAUCAUGAGACACUUUCUCAUUUCCUCCCAGGUUCUGAUGAAGAAUGAGGCUUUCUGCCCCAUGCCCCUCGUGAAAUAGCUGCAGAACAUAAUGAGACUCAGCUACAGUCUAGAUUGACUUGUGAGCAGUGAGAUAUCCCACAACACGAGUGGCAGUCAUAGGGACCCUUUUGUAUUAAUGCCAUCAUCCUUUUUAGUGUGGGAAGCAAGGACUCAAGAAGCUAGCACCUUUGGCUCCUCUUCCUUUUGCUUUUUAUGUAAGUAAUAUCGAUGUUGUUAACUGUUGCUGAGCUCCCAAACUGUGGUGACCCCAUGCACAACAGGAUCUGACCAUUGUAAACCGUAGGGAUUUCACUGGCUGGUUUUUUGGAAGUAGAUACCCAGGCCUUUCUUGCAUGCAAGUUUUAAGUUGUCUGAACUAAAAGUCACUUAUUGUACCUUUACCAGCAAAUCAGCCAGGAGAUGGCCUUGCCUUGCCUGUCAUGAAUGUGCUUGACCAUCAUCACCAUCUCUCUAGCCUCAUUUCCAGGUCCUACCAUGUCUUCUUUCCUUCUUUCUCAAGGCCCUUUCUCUCCACUUUCUCCUCUUACAUUGAUUCUAUUUUACAUGUCUUUCUCCUUUUCUUCUUUAAGUAACAACCAGAAGGAAGAAUGAACUGAAACUGGGUAUGUAUAUAAUCUCAUCUGAAUACACACAUUGGUACUAAGCC